CAGUGCACGAAUGAAAUGAAUGUGAAUAUUCCACAGUUGGCAGACACACUCUUCGAGAGAACUGCAAACAGUAGUUGGGUUGUAGUGUUCAAAGCUCUAAUUACAACACACCACCUCAUGAUGUAUGGAAACGAGCGCUUUAUCCAGUAUCUUGCAUCCCGAAACACUUUGUUCAAUUUAAAUAACUACCUGGACAAAAGUGCCAUGCAGGGCUAUGAUAUGUCUACCUUCAUUAGGCGAUAUAGCAGAUACUUGAAUGAAAAAGCACUUUCAUAUAGACUUGUAGCAGUUGACUUCACCAAAAUGAAAAGAGGGAUAGAUGGAGUGAUGAGAACCAUGAAUGCUGAAAAGCUUCUGAAAACCCUUCCAAUAAUACAGAACCAGCUUGAUGCACUCCUUGAUUUUGAUGCAAAUCCAAAUGAACUAACUAAUGGUGUUAUAAAUGCUGCCUUUAUGCUCCUCUUUAAAGAUUCCAUUAGACUUUUUGCAGCGUACAAUGAGGGGAUUAUUAAUCUUUUAGAAAGAUAUUUUGAUAUGAAGAAGAACCAGUGCAAAGAAGGCUUGGAUAUUUACAAAAAAUUUCUAGCCAGAAUGACCAAAUUGUCAGAAUUUCUCAAAGUAGCAGAGCAAGUUGGAAUUGAUCAGGGUGACAUUCCAGAUCUUACUCAGGCACCCAGCAGCUUGCUUGAAGCACUGGAGCAGCAUUUAGCUUCUGUGGAGGGAAAGAAAACAAAAGAAGUUUCUGCUGCCAGCAGAGCUCAUGCCCUAUCCAGUGCUGUUUCCACACUUGCCAAUACAGGAAUGUCCUUUAGUAGGAUGGAUGAGAAAGAAAAGCAGCAAGCAUUGGAGGAGGAACAAGCUAGACUGCAGGCACUUAAGGAGCAACGAUUAAGAGAGAUUUCUGUAGUAUCGAAUUCCACUUCCACCUCCGCAUCCCCAAGCACCUUAUCAGGAAAAAGUGUAAAUACCACUGUAGCUGUUGACCUCUUUGCAGUACCGGCACCCACAACAAACAGCAUGCCCAACCUUUCUAGUGAUCUUUUUGAUCUUCAGCCUGCAUUUGUUCCUACUGUGCAGAGUACUCCAGCUAUAUCGACAUCAGCAAACAGUGCUUGGGGAGGUCCUUUCUCGUCCUCAAAUGGUUGUGUUGGUUCUCCACCUCAUCUGGACAUCUUUGACAUGAAGCCAGUUGAAGAAGCUGUAAAAUCUGCCACCCCUUUCAUCAAUUCUACUUUUUCCUCCAAACAAACAGUGGAACUCUUUAGUGAUGACUUUAGCAGUCAUAAACCUGCGUAUCCUUCUGUCUAUCAUCCUCUGACUGUUGAUGGUUUUCCUCUUCAUUCAGCUCCUUCAAAUACCACCUCUUCAACAAUUAAUGUGGACUUUGAUGCUGUUUUUGGAGGAAAAUCUACAGCACCAGAGUACAGGACUGCAAGUGCUUUUAACUUUCUAGAUGAGGUAUUGCAACCCACAGUACCACCACAAAGUCAAAGAGCCACUUCAGCCAACCAGCAAAGUGGAAAAAUUUUGGCAAAUGACCUCGAUUCUUCACUUGCUAAUCUGUUUAUCAGCACUAACAUAGCAAGAGUCUCACGAACUCUUGAAAGUAAUCUGCUACCCAGUACACCAUUGAAACAAUCGGAUAUGCAGUGGACCCAGCCUACAGAGAAAAAACUUACUGGUGGGACAAACUGGCAAGCAAAAACUAGCACAUCAACUACAUGGAACCCUGCUCCCUUACCCACUAUUCCACAUAUGAAUGGAGUACACUAUCCUGGAUAUGUACCUGCUCCUAUCACAUACCCAGUGACCACACCUCAAGUGCCUGUAUAUGGAAUGGUACCUCCUCAGAUUGGAGCUGCUCCUUUGAUGGCACCCCAGUCAAUGAUGUAUACGCAGCCUGGUCUAAGGCCAACAAAUCCUUUUGCACCUGUUUCUGAAACUCAGAUACAGUUCAUGUAGAGUCGCCAAAGCAGCAAGAUGUGAGAACAACCAAAUACUGGUAAAAAAAGAAAAGACUGAAUUGCAAUCUUUCCAUGAUGUAUUCCUCAACAGGGCAACUUUCUUCCCUGUAUAACACAAUAUUAUUUUGAAUUGCAAUGCUUUAGAUAUUCUUGUUUAUAACAGUCACUGCAGUGUGAAGUCAUGUUUGUUCACUGAUUUUUAAACUGCUCAGCAGAAAACUCUAUUUUACUGAGGUUGACUCAGAAGGUGCAAGCUGGGUUAUCGUUUUCAGAGCUGAGGAGUUACAGGAUUGCUCUACAACCUUAUUCAUCAGUGGAUUGCUUUAGCAAGCUAACUGAGGAUGUCAAAGCUAUUUAUUUUCUCCAUAAAUCCUGUGCCUGUUGUAACCAAGACACAACACAAAUGAAGUUGAGCAAUAAAAUUUAUGUGCUCUAACAAAUACUCUGAUAGAGCAAUGCUUGCAUUAUCAUAAGGCCAAUAUUGUGUGAAAUCAGACAGCUUUUUCACAUUAGAAUAGCUUAUAGUAAUUUGCAAACUUUAUAAUGUGAGUUUGAAAUGCUGUGAAUCAACGAGAUAUAUAUAUAUAUACAUUACAUAUAUAUAGUAAAAAGAAAAAAUAGUUGCUCUAUUGGUAUAUCAGUGUUACAUGGCUAGUUGAAAGAGCC